AGUUAUCAAAUAAAAAGGUUAAGUAUUUGGAUUGCAACCUGAUUGGGUUAUGUCAGUUUCUAUAAUAAAGUAAAUAUUUUAAUUAAAUAAAAAUGUAUCGAAAAAUUACUACAAAUCUUGUCAGAUUUGCUUCGAAAAGCUUGCCAUCUAAUAAUGCGAGCAUAAUAGUGCGAUCAAUGUCGGCAACGCCCGUGCAAUCUAAAUCAAGUGAUAGCUGGGAUUUGUAUGCAUCUGUUCUUGUGGAACGUUUGCCCAUUGUAUCAAAAAGUUUCAACGCCAUAGAACGAGAAUUCCAAGAGCAGCUUUGGCGCAUAGAAUUCGAGAAUAGCCUAAAGUCAGAUCAUGAAUUGAAACAUGAACGAGAUUUAAAACAAAGUGAACUAAUCAAAAAGGGAAAAAUGGAAGUGGACCUUGAUGAUAGCGCCUCCAAACAGACUGCACAAGAUUUGAAAGAUGCCUACUCAGAAGAGUUGAAAAGCUUUCAAUUUGCCCUACGCUCUACUUCUGACGAUGCAACUAACAAAACUAAUUCAACAAACCGCUGUUUAGAAGACACCUUGUAUCUGGUUAUCGAGGAAUCAUUAAGCAAAAAAACGGUAAAAAUGUUACCACAAGGUCCAAGACUUGAUGGUGAGACCAUGCGUCAGGCAGCAGAACGAGUGCUACGCGAAAAAUGUGGUACACAAUUGGAUGUUACUUUCUAUGGGAACGCACCGUGUGGAUUUUACAAAUACAAAUAUCCAUCAGAAAUGCGUAAAAAUAGUAUUGGAGCUAAAGUUUUCUUUUACCGAGCAUCCCUACAUGGUGGUAAUGUCGAUACCGAGAUUACGAAAAAAUUCGAAUGGCUGACUAGGCCAGCAUUAGAGGAAAAACUACAAAAAUCCGAAUAUACAGAAAGUAUUCAAAAGUUUUUGUUAUAGAAUAAAUGUACCUAAGUACUCAAGAAAGUUAAUAAACACUAAUUAAAAUCAA